CAACACAGCUGAUGCCUUUUAUUUGGCAAAGACGUUGGCACAGUGCGGCAAACCUCAAAUGAUUUCAUUGAGUUCUUUUAUGAGGGCUUAUGAGGGCUAACAUUUUGCAGGCCAGCUGCAGCAUCCACAAAAAACUCAUUAAUUUUGCACAAUAUUGAUUGUAAUGAAAAUGCAUCUUAGGCACUGCAUGUAGAUGGAAAUUUAAGUUACCAUAUAUUGUGUGUGAGGUUGACAAAAUGAAAAUUCUGUUCCUCAGAUUUGCUGAAGGGAUCAGCAGGUUUAUAUCUGACAGGGGUUAUUGCUGAAGUGUAUAAGAAAAACUAAUGGUUUACAGGUUAAGAAAGACCUGCCCAUGUAUAAGAAAUACAUACUGAAAAUUAGUACAGUUUUUAUUGUUCAUGAUAGAUAGUUUUGCAUCUUUUUUUUUUUUCAAGCAACAGUGCCAAACAUCUGUUGUUUUCUAAAUUGUCGCCAGUGUGGGGAUUUCAGCUCUUCUCUGUUGUCAUUGUAAACUGAACAUUUUGAAGUUUUGGGCUGCUAGACAAGGCAAGGCAUAGAAGUCCCAGUGGUGUUGUUCAAUUCCAAAGUUUUGUAAUUUUAAAGACAAAUUGAUCAGUUUAUUUAAAAAAAGAUUCUCAGACUAAUUCAUUACGUAAAUAAUUGUUUGUUACAGUUCUUUUAUCCUUUGCAUAAUAAAACAAACAAACUACAAAAGGACCAAAGGAGCACAUUCCUCUGGAAAGGCUAAUGCUCUGUCUGGCAAAUUUAAAGAAAGAAAUCUGCACUCAAAUUUACUGAGUUAUUCUUUCGGCCAUGCUCAACCUCUCCUCCAUGUUUUGUGAAAUUAAGCCCGUUAGUUUUUGCUUGUUCAGGUCUCAGAACAUACCUGGGUUCUGCCUUGGCAGAGGAAUAAAAUGGCUUGGUUUUAUGAACACUCAGCAGGUGUCAGUCCUCUUGCUGUGAUUUGAUAACAUGUUGAAUUAUGGACAAUAAGAACAUAUGAAAUGAUCUGUCUUAGUCCUUUUUCCCUUUCUCUAAUGUUUUAAUGAUUAGCUUCAAAACAAUAUCCAGAAUUGACUCUUAAGACUGCAUAAUACGUCACUUCUAUGAAAACAGCAGAUAAAAUCGAAGACAAUGGAUGAAUGAGGCUGAUGUUCAGCACGCGUGUUUUUCUAGCAAUAGCUUGUGCAGCCAGCGAUCGACUGCUCUCUGUUGCCUGCUGCUCCCACGCACUGAGAGCCUCAGUGAUCCAGCAGUAUCAUUUCACCUUUUGGCUUCAGUGUGAUGGUGGACUGGCUGCUGAAUUGUUGAGUGGCCUUCAAGCACAGUGUCUUUUUCUAACUCCCUGCAUACAAAUCAUCCUGUUGUUACUUCUCUCCUUUAUGGAUUGAUUCAUUGACUAACUGUUAUUGUGGUAGAGAUUAAAAAUAUAUAUGCCCAUAAAACAGUCUAUUAGGUCCAGCUGGUUCCAGCUUUAAUUGUGCAGAAUAUCAUGCUUCUCUUUGUUUCAUGUAAUGAUUAAGUUAAUCUUGUGAGUCAAAAAAUCUAUUUGACAUUCAAUGUGGUAACUUUAAAAUGGCAUUUGUCACAUCUGGUUUCAACAAAGUGAUGAAUAACCUAGUAACUAUACAGUUGUGAACAAAACUUUGCAUACAUUUGUAAAGACCAUGUAUAACAUUCAGUCUUCCAGUGACUCUCAUAGCUCUUAAUUUUUUUAUGAUGGAAUCACUGAAACUCAUGCCAAAGAUUGACUGAUUGAUUUUUGGUUUUGUGGAAAUAUGCUGGGUCAAAAAUAGAGAUACAGCAACUUCAAUUCACAGCUUUGAUGAUGUAGAAAGCUGUGUUAAUCAAAUUUACUUAGCUUUAAAUAAGGUCCAUUUCAUACAAUGAUCAGAAUUAGUAAUGUGUUUGGAGGAGAGAAGGUGAGGCCCUUAACCCCAAGAACAAUAUUCCUACUGUCAAGCAUGGUGGUGGCAGAAUUAUGCUCUGGGGCUGUUUCCCUGCCAGUGAAACUGGUGAUUUAUACAAAGUGGAUGGAAUAUCGAAGAAGAAGGAUUACCCAAAACAGAAUAUGACAUCCGAAACACAUCAAAAAAUGGCUAAAUUAAGCUAGAAAAAAUAAGGUUUUAAACUGGCCAUCCCAAAUUCCUGAAUUAAACCCCACCAAGAACCUGUUGACUGUGAUGGAAAAACAAGUCUGUGUCAGAAAGCCAACAAAUGUACUUGGACUGCACCAAUUCUUUUAAGAACAGUGGUCAAAGGUACAAGCAGAAGCUUGCAAGAAGUUUGUAGACGGCCACCAAAAGCACCUAAUUGAGGUGAAAACAAUUUAAAAAUGUUUUGAUUAGCACUGAUAGCAAUCUUUGUGAUUGGGUUAUGGCAUCCCUAACAAUACUAUGUUUGAGGAAUUGGUGAAAUCAGCAGUAUAUAAACCCACUCCAGUUCUUUCACUUCACAGUCAUGAUACUCUGUUAUAGAGUUUGCCAUUGAGUCACAACAAUUACUGACAACUACAUAGUCAAGUUGUUAAAAAAAAUAAAGGAGACUGUCAUGGUCUUAACCUCUUAAAAUGUAACUCAGUAUUCUAAUGACCAACUUCAUUACUGGAAAAGCUUCAGGAUAUAUGGAAUAUUUCUGUUUCUAUUAAUUAGGAAAUCAGUUCAAUAACAUCUUUCUAAAACAUCUGGGCCUUCCGAUGCUCCCACAUAUAUACAGAGUUCUUUGAAGAAUUGGGAAUGAAAUUGUGCAGUGUUGUACGACUUUCAUAGUUUUCGUCGGCUGCUUUCAGUUGGUUGUUAAUGAUCCAGUCAAAAGCAGAAAAAAGCUGUCAUUGUGAACACUGGUCGAUGAUGUGCGUUUGAGGGCUGCACCAGAUGUACAGCCUUUUAAACAAACAAGAGCAGCAUUUUCCUCUUUCAGUCACAAGCCGCCUGCCUCAGAUCUGUGCUCUGUGUGUUAUGUGUGUGUGAUGUGUGUGUGUUAUGUGCGCAACAUUGGCCCCCAUCUACCACCCACUGACGACUUUGGAGAUGGUUGUCAUGGUGACACUUCAAAUGCCGGUGAUGAACUGAUCAGCAAUGGGCGAUUGUUGAGCGAUGAUUCACCAUGGACACAGAGCCGUUGAGCCAGGAGCCCUUUGUCAGUUCCAGAGUGCAGUCUUCAGCAGCAGCAGUGCAAGAUGCAGCAGCACCGAGGACGUUGCUCCUUAGCCGGGGAGAUGAUGGCCAGCGUGAGGAGACACGACCGCCGGCACUCCGCCUCGGACAUCCUGCUGAAGGUCCUGCAGCGCAGACGCAGCUCUGCCCUGGAGAUCCUCUCCUCCUCCUCCCACAGAGUGAUGGUGGCGGUCAGCGUGAACCAGCCUCAGCCCCCCACUGAGCGCAAGACCAGGAGAUCCAAUGCAAGGGUCCCGACAGCAAAGUACACCAAGAUGGGGGAGACCCUGAGGCACGUCAUCCCAGGUCACAUGCAGUGCUCCAUGGCCUGUGGAGGGAAAGCCUGUAAAUACGAGAACGCCUCUCGCUGGAGUGAUGAGGAGCAAGCCAUCAAGGGACUCUACUCGUCCUGGAUUACUGACAACUUGCUCGCUAUGGCAAGGCCUUCCACUGAAAUCAUAGAGAAAUAUAAUAUAAUUGAACAGUUUCAAAGGUGCGGUUUGAAGACGGUCAUUAACCUGCAGCGACCUGGAGAACACGCCAGCUGUGGCAACCCCCUGGAGCAGGAGAGCGGUUUCACGUAUCGACCUGAAACAUUCAUGGAGGCAGGCAUCUAUUACUAUAACUUUGGAUGGAAGGACUACGGUGUGGCAUCUUUGACUACAAUCCUUGACAUGGUGAAAGUCAUGUCCUUCGCUGUUCAAGAAGGGAAAAUGGCCGUCCACUGCCAUGCCGGUCUUGGAAGAACAGGGGUGUUGUUGGCGUGUUACUUGGUCUUCACGACUCGGAUGAACGCUGAUCAGGCCAUCCUGUUUGUGCGAGCCAAAAGACCCAACUCCAUCCAAACCAGGGGCCAGCUGUUGUGCGUCAGGGAGUUCGCCCAGUUCCUCGUCCCUCUGCGAAGCGUCUUCUCCUGUGCCGAACCCAAAGCGAGCGCCGUCACUUUGUCCCAAUACCUCACGCGGCAGCGACACCUGCUGCACGGCUACGAGGCUCGGCAGAUGAAGAACGUGCCAAAGAUUGUCCAGCUGGUGUGCCGGCUGCUCGUCGACAUCGCAGCCAACAGGCAGGUCGUGAUCGAGGAGGAGUGGCUGGAGAUCCCUGACCUCACAGCCGAAGUGGAGAAGACGGUGUCCCAGCAGGCCCUUCAGCAGCUGGGGAAGGAGAUGAGAGGGAAAGGGAUCCCUGUUCCACCCUGUUCCUCUCAUCCUCUCAGCCCACCAGCACUACAUACCAGAACCGCUCAUGAUCAGCCUCUGCCCAGCGACAACGAGCUUGACCCUCUGUGGAGGCAGCAGAAUGUAGAAAGCCCUCUGAGAUGCUCUUUGUCUGACAUCAGGCAACUCAGCCACAGCGAUUCUGUCCUUCACAUACUUGGACAACAGCAGCACUACUUAGGGAAUCUGAAGAGCAACAAACCAAUCAACCGCCUGAUCAAACAUUCCUUGUCUCACAGCAGCCUUACAGCCUGUAAAUCUCCCCGAUGUUGUGACUUCUUUCCUCAGGACAUUGCCAGAGGCAUUCAGGACCCCUAUACAGAAGUAAAACAAGACAGUGGAUCGCCCGUUUUAACAAGGCCGCUGCUGAAGGGCCAUCAGAGUUUGUCUUUAGAUCUGUCUGAGCAGGGAAGAAAAGCCCAUUGUAACGCCACACUGCCUGCCUUAUCAACCAAGAUGAAACUGGUAGCCAGCGAGGAGGAUGUGUCAGGGGGUCGAGGAGAUAAUAGAGGAGAUAACACAGAGAUUCCUUUCAUCAACCUCCAGUCUGAGCUCUCCCCGGAGAACAGACGUCUACUGGUGUCCAAAGCUCUGGCCGUGGAUCUGACAGACAAGGAUCUCUCCUCCAAAGUGUCAAUGUGGCAGACGGAGCUGAACUCCAGAGAGGGGGCGUGGGAAAGGCUGUGCAUGGAGAGAGACCCUCUGGUCCUCUCCAGUCUGAUGUGGUCGUGGCUGGAACAGCUCAAGGAUCCAGUCAUCAGCCGUGAGGAUGUUAAAGCCCUCAGUGAGAAGAACGUAAACCCCCAGAAUGCACUCGACUCCCUGGAAAAGGGUCACCGGCUCACUUUGCUCUGUAUCCUGGACUGUGCCGCUCACCUCCUGCCAGUGCCUGAACAAGUGGAGACCAGCUUUCUUAACCAAACCAUUAGAGUUUUUACUAAGAUUGACCCUGCCUCGGAGAAGAACGAAGCUUUGUACGCGACACUGAAAGCAAUCCUGACUCCCAUCCUGUACGAGAUGCGUGACAAAGCCGUGGAGGAGAACGAAGACUCCUGAUCGGCCUCGACACGAACAGUCAGACAAGAUGAAGAGUCACUAACAGGGUUCUGCUCUCAUUUGUGGGCAUUACUGCGUUUUUAAGCCACUUCUUUGCACCAGAUACUGCUGAGAUCUGCCAAUCUGUAGUCUUUGAAGCUGUUUGAUACAAGACUAUGUCAUUUUAGCGUUCUGUUUUCAUUUGAAGGUCUUAAUAGACUCCAAGUACUGCCAUUCUCUGUGUUAACGUGCCACUGUGCUCACCUUUUGUCACCUGUUCUACUGUAACUAGAUGUUGCUUUUAUUAUAUAACUCUAAACUGGUAGGAUAAACACUAAGAAACGUUUUCAUUAUGUUCAUGUACGGAGUCGGGUGGGCUUAUUUAAACCAAAAGAUGUUUUAUACACUGUGUAGAUGUUACAGUGUGUCUUAUUUAUUCAGACCUUCUUAUAUGAAAUGCAGCGAUUUGUUGAAUAGUUAGAACCCGACGACGAGUUGCAAGGUCGCUUCGUUCCUGUAGAAUGUAAAGUGUUUUCUUCAUGUCAAAAACUGUGGCUACUGUUACAGCAAUGCAAAUUCAACAGGCCACAGUGCGUUUGCUUUCUUCCAAGCAAUUCUAUGUCCUUAAUACUGUGUUUACCAAAAAAAAAAAAAACACUCUGCUGUUCUGUUGUUCAUGCAUUUGUAAAACAUGAAUCUGCCUCUCCAGUUGCGUCCAGCACAAUGCUGUCUGCCUCAAAUGAAAUUGCCUCUGUCUGUCUGCAACAACGCCUCGCCUCUGCAUGUGUGUCGGUGUGUGUUAGCGUGUGUGUGUAUGAAUGUAUGAAUGUAUGAAUGUGUGUGUAGCUGCUGAGACGAGUGGGCGCCGCCUCUCACCUCAUAUUGUGUCAUAAGUGGACACGGUGUAAUGCAGAUCUGCUGACACGCUGAAUGUGGAACGCUGAUGUUAAUAUUAAUAAUAGGAAGGACAUGAGACGUUGUACUGUGGGUUUUUUCAACAAACACUAUUUUUUCACUGUUACAAACAGCUACUUCUUACAGAAUUAAACACAACUGCCUGCAGCUUGA